ACACAACCAACCAACCAAUUAAAUUUAAAACUCUUUCAGAUCACAAACAUGAAUCUCUUCUUCGCUUUCAUAAAUUGACAUCCUCUGUGUUUUCUUCAUCGUAAAAACUUUUCAAUUUAAAAAAAAUAAAAAAAUUGUUUGGUUUGUAAAAGAUGGAGAAGGCAAAGCCAGAGGAUGGGAAUGGAGGAGGUGUUAAACUUCCGAUUGGGUUCAGAUUUCACCCAACUGAUGAAGAAGUUUUGGUUCACUAUUUGAAGAGGAAAAUCUACUCUCUUCCUUUGCCUGCUUCUGCCAUUCCCGAAUUCGACGUUUUCCAAUCCACUCCCUGGGAUUUACCUGGUGACUUGAGGGAGAAGAGAUACUUCUUCUGUAAAAGAAAGAGGUCGCCUUUGACCAAAUGCAACGGCAGCAGUUUCGGUACCGAUUGUGGGUACUGGAAAGCCAUUGGCAAAGACAAGCAAAUAAUUGCUCCAGGAAGUAACCUAAUUAUUGGGAUCAAGAAAUCUUUUGUCUUCCGUCAACGGCGUGACCAGAAAACUCAGUGGAUUAUGCAUGAAUUAUGCCUCGUGGGCUCGAUAAACACUCCUUUCUUAGCUCAGAAAUUGAUGAUGCAAUUAGGGGAUUGGGUUGUUUGCCGUGUUCACCAAAGGAAGAGGAAAGCGAGAAAUCAUGGGAAAUUAGUUGACUCCAAGAAAUCGAGGAAUCUGCAGAUGAAUUUGAGGAUGGAGGAAGGCAAAAAUGAGAUGGGAGUUUCAAUAUCAUGUUCUAGUGGGAUCACUGAUACUCCAACUAAUGAAUUAGAUCAGGAGGAAGAAAGUAGUCACAGUGUUAGGUUUUGAAUCAAAGGGCAUAUUGUAAUGACAUUAAUCAGAAUGGAAGAAAAAAAGUUCACAAUCUUUAAUUCUUUCUUCUUA